AUUCAUUAGGCUCUCACAAUACUCUUUUUGGUUCAAAAAACCUUAUUUAUUAGGGUUUCACAAUUGUGAUUGAUCAGAGAGAGAGAGAGAGAGAGAGAGAGAGAGAGAGAGAGAGAGAGAGAGAUGGACAAGUACGAGAAGCUAGAGAAGGUAGGAGAAGGAACGUAUGGAAAGGUGUACAAAGCGAAAGACAAAGCGAAUGGGCAAUUGGUGGCUCUGAAGAAGACUCGUCUUGAAAUGGACGAGGAGGGUGUUCCACCUACCGCACUCAGAGAGAUCUCUCUCCUCCAGAUGCUGUCGCACUCCCUCUACGUCGUCCGAUUGCUCUCCGUCGAGCACGUUGACAAGAACGGCAAGCCCCUCCUCUACCUCGUCUUCGAGUACCUAGACACCGAUCUUAAGAAGUUCAUCGAUUCCCACCGCAAAGGCACCAAUCCAAGGCCUCUGCCCCCUUCCCAGAUCCAGAGCUUUUUGUAUCAGUUGUGCAAAGGCGUUUCUCACUGCCACAGCCAUGGUGUCCUUCACAGAGAUUUGAAGCCACAGAACCUCUUGGUGGACAAGGAGAAGGGUAUACUUAAGAUUGCUGAUCUUGGUCUCGGGAGGGCCUUUACUGUUCCUCUGAAGAGCUAUACUCACGAGAUUGUUACUCUCUGGUACAGAGCUCCAGAGGUUCUGUUGGGAUCAACCCAUUACUCAACUGCUGUGGAUAUGUGGUCUGUUGGUUGUAUUUUCGCUGAAAUGGUAAGAAGGCAAGCUCUGUUUCCUGGGGACUCUGAGUUUCAACAGCUACUUCAUAUUUUUAGGUUGCUGGGAACACCAACUGAGAAGCAAUGGCCUGGAGUAAAUUCUCUGCGUGACUGGCAUGUAUAUCCCCAAUGGGAACCUCAGAAUUUGGUGCGCGCUGUUCCAUCAUUGGGACCUGAUGGUGUUGAUCUUCUAUCGAAGAUGCUUAAAUAUGAUCCAGCUGACAGAAUCUCAGCUAAAGCAGCUUUAGAUCAUCCCUAUUUUGACAGUUUGGACAAGUCUCAGUUCUGAAGUUGCAUUUUCAUUUUCACCUUUGUAUUUGGCGCAUUGACUGUAUGGAGGAGCUUGCUUUGUAUAAUGAACAUGAAGCACUGUGGGGUCUUUUGUUCAUUUGAUGUGUGGAAGUAGUUGUCAUCAUAUAUGAUGUCAUCAUCUUGGUGAUUUUAAACUUUGUAACUUACAGUGUUAUAUGUUACUUCUACAAUUUCAUUUUGUUCUC